AUUACCAUAUUUGUUCUUGUUGGAUAUGCCGAUAUAGAUUUGUGUGCCGACAUCCCUAGUUUGUUUUGCUUUUCAUUUCAAACGAGAAGGUUGCCCCAAAAAGCCUAGGGCGGCCCCAACAAAAAAGACGUUAACCGCAGCAUAAAACGGGCUAACUGAAAGAACAUUCCAUUACGAGAACACUUGUUUGGUUUUUAUAAUACAACUAUUUUGAACAAAACAAAUGCAUCGGUAUUUUAAUGUCCACCUGAACCUGACAUGAAGGGAACAAGUGUGUGUGUGUGCCGCAGGUACCGCUAUUCGACAACAAGAACAUAAUCGGUUGCAACAAGAACGAUAAUUACAACAAUAGGAGGUGCAUUCUUUAAUUGUGUUUACCUUUCGAUUGUCAUUCGUUGGAAAAACACUUAAAUAUAUAUUUUAUAAUUGCGUGUAUUGCCGCGUCCUCCGGUGGAGCCGUCUUCUCCCGCCACCCCCCCACCUUAGUUCCUCAUUGUUUUUUUUUUUUUUUUUUUUUGUGUUCGCCUCUCGGAUUUUCCUCCAUCACCAAUUGGAAUGUGCAGCAAAAGAAACAACAACAACAACACAAAACGCUAAGAAACCGUUAAGAAAAAAGGCUAAGAGAAGAGAGAACCAAUUCAAGGAUUCUUCAUGUUGUUGUUGUGUGAAAUGAGAAAAUUUAUAUAACAUAAAUUUACUAUUCACACACAAAUACAAAUACUAAUACAAAUACAAACAAAACACACACAUACGCAUACAUAUAUGUAGAAUAAAAAACCAUAAACCACUCGACAAUAAAAAAAAACAAGGCAACUACUUCAACUAAAGCAACAGAAACUAAAAAACAACAACAACGGCAACGGCAACUACUACGGCAACGGCCAAGUACUAAUAAAUACAAUUUUUUUUUUUUAUUUUACACAUUCACAUUCCAUUUUGAUAUUCUGUUGUGUGUGAAAAACUUAUAAGAGAAAAAAAAAAUAAAUCAACAACAACAAUACAAAACAAACGGCAAAUAACAAAAAUUAUCAGACAACAACAACAACAAUAAUAAUAACAAUAACAACAACAAGAAGCGGCAGCGACGAAGCAAGAAGAAGAAGACGAAGACGAAGCAAGAUAAAUACAUAGCAAUUUCGACUAAAUAAAGUUAACCAAAGCGAAGGUUCUGUUGUUUUCCAGUGCUCCGAGUGCUCCGGGCUCCAACUCUCUUUCUCGCAUUGCGUCCGCGUGCCACUUGUUGCCGGCUACCAACUACUUAGCCGCUCUCGCAGGCAGUCUCUCUCUCUCUCUCCGCUCUCUCUCUCUGUCGGUGUGUGUCUCUCACCUUAUUGAUUGAUCCACCUUUUUCGUUGUGAAAAAGAGUGUGUGGGGCGGAAGGACAAUAAGAAUAGAAAAGGAGCAGAAGGAAAGGUGAGAGGCGAGAGGUGAGAGGUGAGAAGAGGCAUGCAGUUGAUGGCUGGCGGUUACCGUUACUCCUGCAGCAGCUCCUCCAGCUCCAGUAUUCGCAAUAACUGUUCCAAUCAGCUGACCGCCCCCAACCAUGGAGAGCAGCGAGCAACAGGAGGGGGUGGGCAGCAGCAGCAGUUCCAGCAGCAGCAGCAUCACCAGCAACAACAGCAACAAUCUACAGUUAUGUCGCAUCUGUAUUACCACCCACCACAGUAACGGUAAUAGUGGCUCCAACACUACAACUACCACCACCAGCAACAACAACAACAAUAAUAACAAUACCAACAAUAAUAAUAAUAAUAAUAAUAAUAACAACAAUAAUACACACUUGACCGGCAACGGAUUGAUUUCCAUUUUCGGCGAGGAUGCGCUCUGGCAGAAGAUUUCCACGCUGGCCAACGUCAAGAUCAGCAAGAAUGACCAGCUGCCGCAACAGGUGUGCGUGGGAUGCGCCAAGCUGGCCAUCUCGGCGUGCCAGUUCAAGAAGAAGUGCGAGGAGGCGGAUAGCUUCUACCGGCAGCAGCUGAGGCGCCAGAAGAUCAAAGGGGCCGCCGGCGGAAGGGAGGCGAGUGCCGCCGGAGCUGGCGGGGAUCAGGCGAAGAGCAGCGGCUGCAGCAGCGGCAGUGGCAGCGGAAGUGGCAGCAGCAGCGGCAGCGGCAGCAGCUCCACCAGCAGCAGCUCCUCCUCCGACGAGGACGAGGACGAGCCGGACAACGAGAACGGCCGGGAGGAGGAGGAGGAGGAGGGCGGCGAGUCCAACAAACGGCUGCAGAACGGACACGGACAUGGCCAGGUGAUGGUCAACGGGCAUCGCAAUGGCAACAAGUCCGAGGAGGAGGAGGACGACGACGAGGAGGACGAGGAGCAGGAGCAGGGGCAGGAUCAGGAGCAAGAUCGGGAGCAUGGUCAGCGCAAUGGGAACCUGCAGCAGCCUGUCGAUGAGGAUGAGGAGGAGGAGGAGGAGGAUGUGGAGGAGGUUACCCCCCAUCAUCAUCAUCAUCAUCCCCUCCUGCACGGCAACGACGACGAUGGCGAGAUAACCGUCCACGGUGUCCAUCCCAAGGAGCCCUUCGACUUCAACUCGAUCCGCCUGAUGCAGGAGUACAUGCAGCAGCAGAUGAACAAGUUCCCCAACGGCACCGGCACCGGUCCACCCGUGGAGCUGGAUCUGGAGGAUCAGGACGAUGACGACGAGGAGAUGUCCCUGCCACUGAUACCCGAAAUAGAGCUGAUCACCCCGGGCGAUGAACCGCCACCGGAUGUAACUGAUCCCUCACUUCUGGUCAAUGGGUCAUCUGGGGGAGUGGUCUUGCCCCCCGGGAUGGGUGGCGCCGGCACUGGUGGUGGCAUUCUGCCAUCUGGCAUGCAGGGACUACAUCCAGGAGCCGGCUUCCAGUGUCCGCACUGCUAUCAGAUCUUCGAGAUGAAGCAGAUCCUCAAGGCGCACAUGCAAAGUGUCCAUGGGGCGCCGGGUCCGGUCUACGAGUGCAGCAACUGCCGGAAGACCUACUUCUACAAGCGAUUCCUCGAGAAGCACAUCCGACGUGGUCGUUGUGUCAAGAAGCGUCGCAACCAGACUCGUCCCAUGCAGUGCUCGGACUGCCAUGUCCUCUUCCCCACGGGCCAUCACCUGGGCUGGCACAAGCGCACCGGCUGCCCCUCCAAGGCGGCCAAGAUGCCCCUGCAGCAGCUCUUUAAACAAAAUAUUGUCCAGUUUAAUAAUUUCCCGAAAAGGAUGGCCGCUGGAACUGCCAGGAAGCCCAUAGUUACGGAUAUGCUCAUCCAGAAUCGCAAACUCGGCCUGGCCAACAAGAGGAAGGGACGCACUCGCAUCAAGCUGGACGCCAAGAAGAUCGCCCUGGCCAAGCAGCUGAUCCUCCGCGAGGCCACCACCACGGUGAUCGCCAAUGAGCUGAAUAUAUCCCGGACUUUCGCCUGGCGCCUUCGCAAGAGUCUCGUCAAUGGAGUCAGUCUCCAUGAGCGGGUGGUGGACCAAUCCCAGGAGGAUCAACAACAGCAGCAGCAGCAGCAUCUGCAACAGAUGCAACACCAACAGCAGCUGCAACAUGAACAGCCGGAGGUGCCGCCACAUCUGAGCCUGCCAUAUGGCCACUUGGGCCUGGGCGUCAUCAAGGAGGAGCAGCAGGACAGCGACGAUGAGGAGCAGCAGCAGCAGCAGCAGCAGCAGCUGCAUCACCACCAGCAACAGCAUCCCCAUCUGCAGCACCAUCACCUGGGCCUGGUGGACGAGUGCGGGGCGGAGGAGAUCGGAGCCGAGGAGACGGCCGGCUACAUGGGGGAUGAGGAUGCCGUUUCCGGCCUGCUCCACAAUGGCUAUGACCCUGAUCCGGACUCGGAUCCCGUCGAGAACGAUCCCUUCGAGGGCGCCGAGGCGGCGGAGGGCCGGACCGGUUCGGCAUCACCGCCGGCCACCUCGAUCCAAGGGCCGCCGGUGCCGGUCCAGGUUCGCAACGACGUGGAGGUCUACAAGCGUCUGCUGGCCGAGUCCCAGCACUUUCCACACAUCGUCAAUGCCCAGCAGCUCCAGUUGCAGCAACAGCAGCAGCAGCAGCAGCAGAGGGAGCAGCAGCGGGAGCAGAGGGAGCGGGAGAGGGAACGGGAACGGGAGAGGGAGCAGUUGCAGCUCCAGAAGCAUCAGCAGAAGGCCCAUAAUGGUGGCAUGCCGAUGCUGACGCGUUAUCCUCCCACGGUUAUGCACGCCCUGCCCGUCAAUCUGUCCCUGCGUUCCAUGCCCCACAUGACCAGCAACGAGAGCAAUGGGAGCUCCAGCAGCAAUGCGGCAGCCAACUCGGCAGCUCCGGCCAAUGCCGCCGCCACUCCAACUGGAAAGAAGCCGCGCAAGCCGAACGUCUUCAUCGAUGAUGAGAAAUAUGCGAUGGCCAAGCUGCUGGUGGCCCAGAACUCCUCCACGAUGGAGAUAGCCAGGGCAUUGAACGUCUCCCAGAUGACGGCCUGGAAGGUGCGAGAUGCCAUUCUCAAGGGAGUCCCUCUAUCCUAUCGGAACAAGCGAUCCGAGGGACGUCAUUCCGAGGAUCUAAAUACUAAGGAGCAGCAGCAGCAGCAGCAGCAACAGCAGCAGCAACAGCAGCAGCAGCAACAGCAACAGAAGCAACAUCAUCGCCAGCAACAACAGUAUCAGCAGGAGUUGCAGCAGCAACAGGAGCUGCAACAGCAACAGCAGGAGCUGCAACAGCGUCAGCAGCAACUGGAGCAAAUUGAGCUAAUGAAGCAGCAACGUCAGCAGCAGGAGAUCCUCAUGCAACAGCAACAUACAUCACACUAUCAGCAACAGCAGCAACAGCAACAGCAGCAGCAACAGCAACAGCAACAGCAGCAGCAGCAGCAACAGGGUCCACAGAAGCUGUUGCAUCCACGUCGCCGCCUGAAGGCCGCCGAACGGGAGCUGCGGGACAAGGAGAUUACCCGGGAAAUACUCGAGCUGAUCAAGGAGGACAGCAACAUCCAGUACUGGAAGGUGUCGGCCCGCCUGGCCGAGAAGGGCAUCAACAUAUCGCCCUCCUCCGUCUGCCAGAAACUCAAAUCGAUGGGGAUCCACCGCCGCUGGAAGCCGGGGGAUAAGCCACCCAUGCUGGCCAUCAGUCAGUUGAAAGCGGCCACUGUGGCAGCGGCGGCGGCGGCGGCGGCAGCUGGACUGGCUGUUGGGGCAGCUACCGGACCAGCUACCGGUGGAGGUAACCCUGCCGGCAGUAGUGGAGGAGGAGGAGGAGGAGGAGCUGGAGCUGGAGGAGUACCAGCCGGGUUUGGACUGCCUGAUGAUGGCUACGACCAGCAGCAGUUCGAUAUGAGUGGGCAGCACUUUCUCAGUGCCUUUACGCGCUAGGAGACUGGUCUUCUGGGAUUAGAAGAAUGGGUCAGCCACGAAUAUAGGUCUAAAGGGAGGAGGAGCAAGAGAAGAGGAGGAGCAAGGAGAAUCCUAGGGCGGAAAGUAAACUUUCAAAAACUUUCCCUCCCGAAAUUAUAAAUAUUUCUUUUAGGAUCUAAGUAGUUGAGAACAUGCUAGAACAUGUCCGGAAGACAUGCUGGAACAGGCAUGGAACAAAAAAAAUUAUAGUCGAAAUUAGAGAAGAAAGAAGGAGAAGAGAGAAAGAAGAAAGAAAAAGAAAAGAAAACAUCACAUUCUUCACAUCGAAAUGGAAAGAAAUCUAAGGCCUAAGUCACUUUUAUUAAAAAAAACUUUAAUUUAAAGUUUAAAAAUAAAAAAACAAAAACAAUUAAGUGAGAUAAAGAUUUAGAGAAAUGUCUUAAUGAAAUAUAUUAAUUAUUUAAAAUUUAUUAUUAAAAAUUUAUUAUUUAAAAUGAAUUAUGAGAAUUAUAUAGUUUAUUUUCCGCUGCCUAGGAUUACAGGUUAUUUUUUUAUUAUUAUUUUUAUUAUUAUUAUUUUUAUUAUUAUUAUUAUUACACUGCAAGAAAAAAAUAGCCUAUAUUUUUUGUUUUAUUUUUUUUUUUUUGGAAAGAAAGUAUUUGAAAGACAGCGGAGAUUGAAAUGUAUUUGUAUUUGUAAUGAGAUAUAUAUAUAUUUAUAUAUAUUUAUGGAAUAGAUAUAUAUAUCCGAUAUGCUAAGCAUUCCUAGAAUGUCACACACACACACACAUUCGCACACACACACCGCAAGAGAGUCCUUCGGGCAGCUUCCUUUUCCUCUUCUUCCCAUCACAUCCGCCCAAAAACAAAAAAAAAAUAUAAAAUUUUAAUUUUAAUUAAUUUACUUACACACACACACACACACACAAACAUACAUAUAUAUAUUUAUUGAUCGCCUGUCCACGUGUGUGUGUGUUGGAAUAUUUUUAUGCAAAACAUUACGUUUUUUUUCCCUGUGUAUUUAUUUAUUUUAUUACUCACACAUACGCACACACAGGCGCAUGCUAGUGUAUUCCGUACUGAGAACAUUAAUUUAGUUUAAUUAAUUAACAAAAAAAUUAAAAAAAUAUUCAAAAAACAAAGCAACAAACAAAUAACAAUCAGAAGAACAAAGCAAAAGAAAACAAAAAUAGAUAGAGAGAGAAAGAGAGUUAGCAACAUAAGUGCAAUUAUCAAGCAAACAAACAAAUAAAAAAUAAACAAAACAACAAACAAAUAAGCAAAAACAAACAAAAAAGAAAAUAAAAAUAGAAACACAAGAAAGAGCGGGAAGAGAAGAGCGAAGAGAAUGCCUUAGCCAGGAAUUGAGUAAUUCUUCCCAAGAAUUUCCAUUUUAUUUUCUUCAGACUCCAGUUCGAAACAAAGAAAAGAAAAGAAAAGAAAACUCCAUCCUACCAACCACUCCUCCCCCAUCCCGCCCCCGAAAAGAUUGUAGCCAAAUGUUAGUAAAAAAUUAAAAAUAAAAAAUAAUUAAAAAAAAAGAAAAGAAAAGCCAGAACAAAAGCAAAAAAAGGCAAAAAGAAAGACAAGUGUUUUUGAAGAGGACUCAUAACUGUAUUUAUUUACAGGCAACUUUUAGCUAUAAACUAAAAUAUUACAAAAAAUAAUAUAUAUAUUUAAAAAAAAUAUAUAAUUAUUUUAAUUUGAUUAUGAUUUUUUAUUUUUGUUGUUGCAGAUAAAGAAUUAAAGGCAUUAGUCUGCGAUUUUUUAUUUUUUUUUUAGCUUUUAAGAGCGAACUAGAAUGAGAUAGUAUUUUUUUUUUAAUAUUAUAAUUAUUAUAAUGAUUAUUAAAAUUAUAAUUAUUGAUUAAAUAAUUAUUAUUAUUAUUAGAAUUAUUAUUUUAUAUGAAUAUUUUUGUACAAUUUGAAAUUGUAACUGCUUUUUGUCCAAGCCAGCAACAGAAAAAAAAUAGCAUUCAAGCAACCAAUUACUAAAUGAUUCCCUCCUCCAACAAACACAAAAAAAAAACAAACACAACAAACACCCACAUACACACACACACACACACACACACACCACUAAGCGCAAGCGGGCUAACGAACUGUGCAUAGUAUUUUCUAUAUAAAUUAUAAAUAAAUAAAAAAAAAUAAAAAUAAAUAUAUAUUCAUUAUCCAUAAACUAUAUGUAACAAGCAACAUAAACAAAACAUUAUAAACAAAAAAAACAUUGAAAUUUUAAAA